CCCGCCCGCCCCACUUCUCAUUCACUUGGCUCGCACCGCUCAGACAGCGCAAGGAGCACACACCGCCAGUCGGUGCGCAGAGCCGGAGCCAGAGGCCGCGGGGAUACCGGGCCAUGCACGCCCCGAACUGAAGCUGCAUCUCAAAGCCGCAGCUCGCAGCAGCCCGGGGGAUUUCAGGGAGCGCAGACUCGGAGGAACCUCUGCGCAGAGACCCCGGAAGCCCACUCCAGAGCAGGUCUUCAUUCCGACGCUCCGCUAGCGCAGACUGGAGCGCGCAGUGGCCCCGGCUCGCCGCGCCAUGGAGCGGAUCCCCAGCGCGCAACCACCUCCCGCCUGCCUGCCCAAAGCGCCGGGACUGGAGCACGGAGACCUACCAGGGAUGGAUUUUGCCCACAUGUACCAGGUGUACAAGUCGAGGCGGGGAAUAAAGCGGAGCGAGGACAGCAAGGAGACCUACAAAUUGCCGCACCGGCUCAUCGAGAAAAAGAGACGUGACCGGAUUAACGAGUGUAUCGCCCAGCUGAAGGAUCUCCUACCCGAACAUCUCAAACUUACAACUUUAGGUCACUUGGAAAAAGCAGUGGUUCUUGAACUUACCUUGAAACAUGUGAAAGCACUAACAAACCUAAUUGAUCAGCAGCAGCAGAAAAUCAUGGCUUUGCAGAGCGGUCUACAAGCUGGUGAGCUGUCAGGGAGAAAUGUCGAAGCAGGUCAGGAGAUGUUCUGCUCAGGUUUCCAGACAUGUGCCCGGGAGGUGCUUCAGUACCUGGCCAAACAUGAGAACACUCGGGACCUGAAGUCUUCUCAGCUCAUCACCCACCUCCACCGUGUGGUCUCAGAACUGCUGCAGGGUGGUACCUCCAGGAAGCCAUCAGACCCAGCUCCCAAAGUGAUGGACUUCAAGGAGAAACCCAGUUCCCUGGUCAAAGGCUCAGAAGGCCCUGGGAAAAACUGUGUUCCUGUCAUCCAGCGGACUUUUGCUCACUCGAGCGGGGAGCAGAGCGGCAGCGACACGGACACAGACAGUGGCUAUGGGGGAGAAUCUGAGAAGGGUGACUUGCGCAGCGAGCAGCCAUACUUCAAAAGCGAUCAUGGACGAAAGUUCACCAUGGGAGAACGGGUUGGCACAAUUAAGCAAGAGUCUGAAGAACCCCCCACAAAAAAGAGUCGAAUGCAGCUCUCAGAUGAUGAAGGCCAUUUCCCUAGCAGUGACCUGAUCAGUUCCCCAUUCCUGAGCCCACACCAGCCUCCUUUUUGCCUGCCCUUCUAUCUCAUCCCACCAUCAGCGACUGCCUACUUGCCCAUGCUGGAGAAGUGCUGGUAUCCCACCUCGGUGCCAGUGCUCUACCCAAGCCUCAAUGCCUCCGCCGCAGCCCUCACUAGCUUCAUGAACCCGGACAAGAUCUCAGCUCCCUUGCUCAUGCCCCAGAGACUCCCUUCUCCCUUGCCAGCCCACUCAUCCCUUGACUCUUCUGUCCUGCUCCAGGCUCUGAAGCAGAUCCCCCCUUUAAAUUUAGAAACCAAAGACUAAACCUUGUAGGGGAUCCUGCAGCUUUGCUUUCCUUCCUCCCUACUUCCAAAAAGAACAGCAAAAAAAUGUUUGUGUGAGUGGAGCGAGAUUGUUCCAUUGUGUAUUCUGAAAUAAUCUGAGGCAUGGAGAGAAGGUUCACUGUGUGUGUGUGUCUGUGUGUGUGUGCGUGCACGCAUGCACAUUUGUGCCUGUGUGUUGGUAUAGGACAUUAAAGCUCCUUUCAGCAUAGGGAAGUCACGAAGGAUUGCUUGAUAUCAGAAGCCUCGGGGUGGGGGUGGGGGUGAAUUGUAGCAGACUUCUGGGCCUUUCCCCACCCAGAGAAUAGCCCCCUUUGAUACAAACCAGCUAGGUUUUCAAAAGCUUCAAAGUCUUGGUCUGUGAGUCACUCUUCAGUUUGGGAGCUGGGUCUGUGGCUUUGAGCAAAAGGUGCUUUCAAAAGAGGGCUUUCCAGAGCACAGCUCCCAGCCAGCUGUUAGCACCCCACCCUUUUCCCUUUAUUGUCGAUGUGACUCACCAGACGACGGGGAGAGAGCAGUCAGACUGAGCUUUCUGCUAGCGUGGUGAGGUAGCACACACUGGCAUAGCACGGUAGUGGUUUGGGGAGAUUUCCGCAGGUCUGCCCCCCACCCCUGCCUCAGAUGAAUAAAGAGAAUGUAGUUCCCUACUCAGGCUUUCAUAGUGAUUAGCUUACUAAGGAACUGAAAACGGCCCCCUUGUACAAGCUGAGCUGCCAGGGAGAGAGGGAGGAGUUCCCCAGGCCUCUGGCACCUGUUUCUGGGUCUCACCAUUAGUACUUGCUGUCCAGGGAACCAAACCAGGGUCUGAGAGAUGCAGCCACCCUGAGCGCCCCAAAGUGCACAAAGCUGAGUAACAAACUGCUGUCCUCAAGCAGAGGUAGACUUGGCUUUCAAUUCUAUGCUAAAAUUCCUUUUAACCAAGCUUAGCUUCUCAAAGGCCUAACUAAGGCAUGGCACUGCAAGAUCCUUGCUGUAGGCUAAUUCCUCUUGCCCAGUGGCAUAUGGAGUGUCCUUAUUGCUAAAAAGGAUUCUGUCUCCUUCAAAGGAAUUUUAUUUUCAGUCCAGAGUACUUGUUUUCCUGACUUGUCCAGCUAGCCUCGCACCAGCUUUUCAAAAUGCACUAUGCUUGAUUGCCGAUCGUGUUUUAACUUUUUCUUUUCUUGUUUUUAUUUUGGUAUAAAGUUCAUUGCCUUUAUUGGUAAAGCUGUUAUAAAUAUAUAUUAUAUGAAUAUAUUAAAAAGGAAAAUGUUUCAGAUGUUUAUUUGUAUAAUUACUUGAUCUACAAAGUGAGAAAAAUGAAUGUAUUCCUGUUUUUGAAGAGAAGAAUAAUUUUUUUCUCUAGGGAGAGGUACAGUGUUUAUAUUUUGGAGCCUUCUUGAAGGUGUGAAAUUGUAAAUAUUUUUAUCUAUGAGUAAAUGUUAAGUAGUUGUUUUAAAAUACUUAAUAAAAUGAUCCUUUUCCUGUGGAAGAGAAA